AUGGCCCAUUUCGUGCGCGCGGCCCGUCUCGCAAAUGCGAUUUCCAGACAGCCGUCUGGGAUCUGGCCCCAGCAGAGGAAGCUGCAUCUGGCACCGCCGUUUCUGCUCGACAGCUACGUGCCUCGCUAUCAAACGCUGGGCGCUCGUGAUGCUGCCCUGAAGCGCUCCAAGGCGUACGCCCAUCUUCGGAAUUGCAAUCUUUGUCCACGUUUGUGUGGCGUUAACCGUUAUGAGACGACGGGCAUGUGCCUUAUCGGAGACAAGGCCAAGGUCAAUGUCAUAGCUCCUCAUUUCGGCGAAGAGCCAUGUAUACAGGGACACAAUGGCAGCGGUGCCGUCUUCAUGAGCGGCUGCAAUCUGCGCUGCGUCUUCUGCCAGAACCACGACAUAUCUCAUCAACGAAACGGGAUGGAUCUGACGCCUGAAGAACUGGGUGACUGGUACAUGAAGCUACAGACAGUCGGCAACGUACACAACAUCAACAUUGUUACCCCUGAGCACGUCGUGCCGCAAGUGGCGCUCAGCAUCCUUCACGCCCGCGAGCUCGGCCUCAACGUUCCCAUCGUUUACAACACGUCGAGCUUUGAUUCGCUGGCGUCGCUGGAGCUGAUGGACGGGCUGGUGGACAUUUACCUGGCUGACUUCAAAGUGUGGGAACCGAGCACAUCCAGGCGCCUGCUCAAGUCCGACGACUACGCUGCGACUGCCAAGGAGAGCGUCAAGGCUAUGCACUCGCAAGUGGGCGAUUUGUGCUUCACUGGGGACGGCAUCGCCAAACAGGGUCUCCUGAUCCGCCAUCUCGUGAUGCCCGGUCGCGAGCACGAGGGGGUGGAGAUCAUGAAGUAUCUAGCGUCCGAGAUCUCGAAAGACUGCUUUGUCAACAUCAUGGAACAGUACUCCCCACGAGCACAUGUGGGACAAAAGAGGCGUGAUAAAGGUGGCGGUAGCCAAACAAGGUACGAUGAUAUCAAUAGACCUGUCAAUGACACCGAGGUAGCUUCUGUUCGCGAGGCUGCACAAGAGGCGGGACUGUGGCGUUUCAACGACGCCCCGAAGCACGACGGCUUUGCCAUCUGA